AGUUGGUAAGAGAUAUCACAAAUCAUCUCUAACACUCAGAGACAUACUGAUUUGCCAUAUGCAGCCGUUCGCGUGCGGCCUCCACUUAAGCCAUCAGAUCCCGGAUUUGAACUGAUUCCACAGCGAUUUCAACGUUCUAUGGUCCAAGUAACCUCGCCCACAAGUCUGGCUAUCGAUUCUCCUCAGGGGCGGAAACUUUUCGUUUUCGACAAAGUGUUCGACGAGGAUGUCAGUCAAGAGGGAAUUUGGGAGUAUCUCGUCGAAAGCACGAAUUCAUUCGUACAAGGAUACAACGUUUCCAUGUUGGCAUACGGCCAAUCUGGUGCUGGAAAGUCUUAUACGAUGGGAACUUCAGGACCUUUAGAGCAGGGUAACCUGGAAGUUAUGGGUGUUAUCCCACGUGCUGCUACAGCACUAUUCGAGAAACUCGAAGGUCCCAAGCCGAACAACCGGAACUCCAUGUCUGGAUUACGAACACCUACCAGAUACUCAGCCAACUCUGCUGCUAUGAUGUCGAGGAAUGUCGAGAAGAACUGGACACUGAAGGCAACCUAUGUUGAGAUUUACAACGAACAACUUCGCGAUCUUCUGGUCCCCGAAGGUGUACCUUUUGGUGAGAGGGGCAGUGUAACGAUUCGAGAAGACGUCAAGGGACACAUACUUUUGACGGGGCUGCACCAAGUUGAGAUCAACUCAGUAGAAGAUUUAAUGAAUGCCCUGAACUUUGGUUCCAUGAUCCGACAAACCGACUCGACCGCCAUCAAUGCGAAGUCCUCACGAUCACAUGCUGUGUUCAGUCUAAACCUUGUGCAGCGCAAGAGCAAGUACCAGACUGCUCAGGGUGCAGAGCAGAAACGAUUCUCAGUUCCUCUGGAAGCAAUGACCGGAGCAGAUACCAUGGUCACAAUUGACAGCAAGUUGCACUUCGUCGAUUUAGCAGGUAGUGAAAGACUCAAGAAUACCGGGGCACAGGGUGAACGUGCGAAGGAGGGUAUAUCAAUCAACGCAGGUCUCGCAAGUCUGGGGAAAGUCAUUUCUCAGCUCUCCUCUCGCCAGGCCGGUUCUCACGUCUCAUAUCGCGACUCAAAACUCACAAGACUUCUCCAAGAUUCAUUGGGAGGGAACGCCAUUACGUAUAUGAUUGCGUGUGUAACGCCAGCUGAGUUCCACCUCAGCGAGACCUUGAAUACAGUGCAGUACGCACAGCGGGCCCGUGCAAUUCAGAGCAAGCCGAGAAUUCAGCAGGUGUCAGAUGAGAGUGACAAGCAUGCGCUGAUUGAGCGUCUGAAGGCAGAAGUAGCCUUCCUUCGAGAGCAGAUCCGGAGCACCGAGCGCGGAGGCGAUCGCCGCAGUCAUGCAACCACUGAGAGGCCCGAGCGACAGAACGAACGGGAAGUGGAACUACAGAACCAACUCCUCGAUACUCAAGAAAACUACACAGCCCUCAGUCAGCGCCAUGCAAAACUUAUUUCGGAGAUGGCAAAGGCACGGGAUAGCGAGCUUGCUGACAAUCAAGCGUUCGAAGAUACUUUGGGCGACAGUGCAACUGAACGAUUGAAGCGCUCCAACUCAUUUGCCGAAGCUGUGGAGCAGGUCGUGCUCGAAUACGAAAAGACGAUUCAGACUCUCGAGCAAUCUCUCUCGAGCACACGGUCAUCGCUGUCAAAUUGCGAGACAACCCUGCUUGAGAAAGAAACGAAGUGUGCAUAUGUCGAAACUAUGAACCAACAACUUCAAUCUCGCUUACAGAAAUUGAUUGAUCGUGAAUCAAGCACCGAAAACUAUCUUCAUGACCUUGAAGCUAAACUUGAUGGGCACACGUCUGGCGAGGAGAAGAAUUCAGCAAUCGUGAUGGAACUUCGGAAGGAAAUUGCUCGUGUCCGUGAAAACGAGGCGUCCUGCGAAGACUACAUCUCUACUCUCGAGGAGCGUCUAGCGGAAGCGGAUCAAGAUGCCGAGCUUAUGCAACGAGAGAUUGAUCGCUUAGAGCAUGUGGUGGAACGUCAACGUAGCUUAGGCAAACUUGACAACCUGCUUUACGAAUUGGAUCACAUUCAGCAGGAUGGCAAGAACGCAGAAGUUGAAGCCGGCGUUAAUGGUAAGCGUGCUAUAUUCGAUCACUCUCGACAGCAAAGCCUUGCCAGCAGGCGCAGCCACAAAGACGUCAUUCUUGAGACUGAAGAGGGAGAGGAUGAUGUUGCUCCUGCUGUCAGUUCCGAGGAGGUACACCGCACAGAGGCGGAUGGACCUGUCGACAAUGGAGAGUCGAUAGAAGCCGAGGAUGCGAAGAACUCUCUGGAGCCUGCAGGAAACCAUUAUCCCCCUCAAAGCCCUGCUCAGUCGAAAUUCGUAGAAGACAAGCUUGAGAAUGUCACUCAAGAACUUUUCGACCUUCGUGUAGAACACGAGUCUACCAUCAACGAAUUUGACCUUCUCUCCGCUAAGCCCCCGCGAUUCAAUCUUGUCUAUAUCAUCACCGAUCGAGACAGGGCCCACUUCUUUUUUAGCAGACGCGAGGGUGAACGAGCUAAAGGAUGGAGGACAUUAUUCAUCCUCGCGAUCGCUCUCAUCGGAAUUGUCCUCAGCUGGGGAGUUACCCAGUACUAUGGAACUCUCUGAUGCUGAAGCCGCGAUCAAGAAGUCGGAGUCUGGGGAUGUCACGAAGGAAGUGGCCAAUGACGAGACGAUAGCGGUGGAGGUAGACAAUCUGCGCAAACUUGCAGCAGAGAAGGAGCAAGCUCAGCAGUUGUUGGCCGAGAGAUAUGCUCAACUAGAAGAACAACACAUGGAUGCUCUGGAUCUCGUUGAGGAGCUUAAGACAGAAGUAUCCAAAGCAAAGAUGGUUGAAGCUUCGUCACCACGCUCAACCACCCCUGUCAUUCGACGGAAGUCAAGUCAAACGGUCAUGAUGGUCGAUAAAGCACAUAGGGCCUUCGCCUCUCUACGAAACAU